ACUUCGCCAAACGUUAACACCCACUUAACAUGUACUAACCUAACGCAUAUACGUCUACAUCCACGCUCCCCUCCGUACCUAACACAAAGAUAGUUGGACAAACAUACCACUUCAGAUAAUUCGUUUUUUUUCACGCUUUCAUUUGCAUUCUGUUGCUACCCCCCUUUUGUGACGCGAAGUACCCCCAACCGAGGCCGCACACACGAUUCGUCUCUUCUCCCGCAUCUUCCUAUUCUACUGUGCCACGCAAAAAUUUUAUAGCUCGUCCCAUUUGGCAAAAAAUUUAAGCCUAAUUCUUUACAAGUGGGAAAAAAUGGGGCACAAGAAAUUUGAGGACUACCACAUAUCGAAGGACCAUAUCAAUGAGUUGUUAAAUUCGCCAAACAUAAUUUAUGAAAAUCCGGACUUUUGGGACAACUCCAUCUUGAACGCGCAACCGUCGCACACGGACAAGCUUCUGUACAGAAUAGAGUACAUGCGGGACGGGACAGCCAUAUACUACAAGCGGACGCUGGGGGACUUCAAGAAGCUCUUCUGCUGCUUCUAAUCUGAGAAGGGUUUGGCAGCAGCUCGGGCGCACGGGGCCUCGGGUCUGUUCGCCUCCUCGUCGGCCAUGUCUCCUUUGAAUUUUGGAUUUUGAACUUUACGUUUUUAACUUUGCCUUUUUGUCGUUACACUUUGGUCUUUACUUUUUGGUGCUUACAUUUUUAACUUUGCUUUUUUUACUUUGCCUUUUUAUCUUUCCAUUUUUUCCUCUCCUAUUUUUGCCUCUCCUAUUUAUAUAUUGUUUUAGGACCCCUCGCCGGCUGAUCUACCUUCACGCGGUGAUGUCGUUUCAGAAAAUGGCGGCGUGAGCAACUUCAGGGGUCGUCUCAACGCCAUUUUCCAAAUUUUUAUUUUUUUCUGCCAACUUUUGUAAAUUUUUUUUUGCCACACAUUUUGGCAUCCCCCCUGU